UUAUCAAGCAAUUUAUUAAUGAAAUCAAGUUAUUCAAAUGGAAAGAGGAAGCAUCAGUCAAUUUCUGGGUAAUGGACUAAAUCAAAAGUAUUGAAUUUGGUUGGGUUGAUGAAGGUUGCAGGAUCGUAGGAUGGGAUGGGAUGGGAUGGAUGAUGGAUGUUGUAAGUUGUAUGUUGUGAAUGUUGUGAUUAUCUUAAGUUGCGGUAGACGAUAGAGCAAUCUACAACCUACAACCUACAACCUACAACCUACAACCUACAACCCGCAACCACCAAACCCACGAUAGUUGUAGUCAGCUAACCUAACAGCACAAGCCAGAAGCCAGACAGCCCGGACGGUAUAAUAAACCACUUCUGCCCAUGUUUGAAACUUCUUCCUACAUACCAACAACAUACCACAUCCCACAUACCACAUACCACAUACAACAUACAACAUACAACAAACACGCAACACACGGACUGAUUCAUGUCUACCGUCUUUCUGUGGAGAACAUACCAGUACAGUAUUUUCGAUUGCAAUCUUAAAAUCUGACAAAUUCAAUUUCAAGUCGAACUUCACAUUCACAUUUCUAUUUCUUUUCAAAAGUCAAGACUUAUCUGCUUUCCCCCCACCUUUCAAUCCUGACAUUCACAACUCAUUUCGACGUCACUGCUCUGUAUCUUGACAGGAGAUAUUGCAAACACUUUCAAACUACUUCGAAACUAUAGAAUGACCUCGCCAUUGCCAAAACAGCGUACUUCCAGCGUUUCCAGUGAAAUUGAUCCGUUUGCUGCCGCACAUGUAUACUACAGCCAUGACACAAAUCAAAAAUCAUUCAAACAAUUCCGCACCCGUACAUACUCUUCGGUAAGCAUGGCAUAUCUAAAUAACACCCAACAUACACUCAUCUGAUCUUGCUCGCAGAAUCAGAGCACUCUCUCCACACCAAUCCUAGGUCUGAAGAAGCCGAUGAGAAGGGGAAGCCAUGGUUAGUUUCUACUCCUGCGAAAUCCAAAUUCCCCUUGACUAACAUACCUUUGUGCAGACGAUAUCGGAGAUUAUGGGCGUAAAUUCUUAAUACAGGUUGACUCAACUCUGGAAGCCCUUCGGAAGCAGGAAGACACAGAUGACAAUCACCAGAUUACAAUUGAAGAUUUGGGGCCAAAGGUAGGACGGAUUUCUAGGCAUUUUGUUCCUGCAGUUUCCUAACUGACGCAUUUUGAAACAGACACUUCCUCUCGGAACCGCCACCUCGAACGGAUUUAAGAGAUAUGAUAUUCGUGGGACUUAUAUGUUAUCAAACCUUUUGCAGGAAUUGACUUUGGCAAAAGAAAACGGCAGAGAGCAAAUUAUCUUGGACGAAUCUCGCCUCAACGAGAACCCCGUUAGCCGGCUCGCACGAUUGAUACAAGGCUCAUUCUGGGACAGGUUGACUCGGAGAAUCGAUGGAUCGGUAAUUGAAAUUGCUGGCCGUGAUCCUAAGGAUUGGACGGAUGAUCCUCGCCCACGAAUUUAUAUUCCUCGAGGUGCACCCGAACAACAUGCAUACUACACCAAAGUGGCCAGUGAUAGACCCGAAGUCCGCUUGGAUGUUUGCUGGCUACCAGAGAAGAUCACUCCAGAAGUUGUUCGUGAUAUGAACUCUAAGCCCGGUCUCUUAGCUGUUGCCAUGGAGGAAGUUGUGGAUCCAUCAACUGGUGCUAAAACUCUCAGAGGAUUACCUUUCGUUGUACCAGGUGGUAGAUUCAACGAGCUUUAUGGGUGGGACAGCUAUAUGGAAUCACUAGGAUUGAUCGUCAAUGACAAGGUACAUUUGGCGAAGUCAAUGGUGCAAAACUUUUGUUUUUGCAUCGAGCAUUAUGGAAAGAUUCUCAAUGCCACCAGGUCAUACUAUUUAUGUCGUUCUCAACCACCUUUCUUGACAGAUAUGGCACUCCGGGUUUUUGACAAAAUCAAGCAUGAACCAGGAUCAUUAGACUUUUUGAAGACUUCUAUCUUGGCUGCCAUUAAGGAGUAUCACAGCGUUUGGACGGCCGAGCCAAGAUAUGACCCUGUCACCGGCUUAUCGAGAUAUCGCCCUGAAGGCCUGGGUGUACCCCCAGAGACUGAAGCAUCGCAUUUCGAGCAUCUGUUGGAGCCUUAUGCUAAGAAGUACAAUAUGACUUUCAAAGAAUUUGUCGAAGCUUACAAUAAUGGAAAAGUCGUGGAACCAGAGCUGGAUGAUUACUUCUUACACGACAGAGCAGUACGUGAAUCAGGACACGACACAUCCUACCGUUUGGAAAGAGUUUGCGCCGAUCUUGCAACAAUUGAUCUCAAUUCUCUUCUUUAUAAGUAUGAAAAAGAUAUUGCAUACGCCAUUCGUACCUUUUUCAACGAUAAGCUUGAAAUUCCAGCCGAAUUUUGCGUGGGCGACAUGAAGCCUGGUCAGCUGCAAACGUCAUCAAUGUGGGAUCGAAGAGCCAGAGGUCGCAAGUUGGCCAUCGACAAAUACCUCUGGAAUGAGAAGAAGGGCAUGUACUUUGAUUAUAAUACCCUGAAGCAAGAGCAGUGUAUAUAUGAGACUGCCACCACCUUCUGGGCUAUGUGGGCAGGUGUUGCUUCGCCACAGCAAGCUGCCAGUCUGGUUAAAAAUGCACUUCCUAAGUUUGAAGCCGCUGGAGGGCUACUUUCUGGAACGGAAGAGUCUCGUGGUGCAGUUGGAUUAGACCGACCAAAUCGUCAAUGGGAUUAUCCAUAUGGCUGGGCUCCGCAACAAAUGCUGGCUUGGACGGGCUUACUACGAUACAAUUACCAGGAAGAGGCCGAACGACUUGCCUACAAAUGGCUGUUCAUGAUUACAACAGCGUUUGUCGAUUUCAAUGGCGUGGUAGUAGAAAAAUACGACGUGACCAGAGUUAUCGAUCCUCACAAGGUUGAUGCAGAGUAUGGCAACCAAGGGUCGGAUUUCAAGGGAGUUGCUAAGGAAGGGUAAGUUAUUCAAGAAGUUUGACCGAUUCCAAAGUUCUAAUGGUGUUAGAUUCGGAUGGGUUAAUGCCAGUUACGUUUACGGACUCCAAAUUAUCAAUGCACAUAUGCGACGAACCCUAGGAGCACUUACUCCUUGGGAACAGUACAAUAAGGCCAUGAACCUUUAGUAUACGAAGAUAGAGGAUAACAAAACAUUUGAUGCUUUAACGACCUUUGCAUUUGCUCUAUACCCCAUGCAAGCCUUAACGAUAUUCCAAAAAUUUCCGUUGUUAACGAUUGAAACGAUGAUGAUGUGGUGCGAUGAUAGGGGGGGACCCAAAAGCCGAUAGAACCUUUUGCUGGAUUGCAAAAGCUUAUUGAUGAGGGCUGUUUGGUGAUGAUUUGCGGUGGUUUUUUUGCUUUGGGGGUUGGAGACUUAAUGAAGAUAUGUAUAGAGUUAUGUUGAAAAGUAACAGUCUGCGUCGUAGCCAAAAAUUAAUAUACCGGCAAAAUUGCUGGUAACAUCAUGCAUCCUUUACCCAUG